UGCACAGCGGGUGUACGGCUUGUUAAAUAAUGGUAGAUCAACUAAACUAAAAGCGUGAUAGCCAUUUACACUUUUCGUCCACUGGAACAAAUAAUGAAGGACUAUCAACGUGAAUUCAUCGAGUUUGCCCUCGCCAACGAUGUGCUAAAGUUUGGGUCGUUCACUCUCAAGUCCGGCCGUGUUUCGCCGUACUUCUUCAAUGCUGGAUUGUUCAACAGCGGUAAAACGUUGGGCGCCAUUGGCCGCUUCUACGCUGCCGCUCUCGUCGAUGCCGGAUUCAAAUACGAUGUGCUGUUUGGCCCUGCCUACAAAGGCAUUCCUCUCGUCUGUGCCACUGCUUUGUCUCUUUCAACAGAACACAACUUGGAAGCUCCCUUUGCUUUCAAUCGUAAGGAAAAGAAGGAUCACGGUGAAGGUGGCAACAUCGUCGGCACUCCCUUGUCAGGUCAGAUCGUCGUGGUCGAUGAUGUGAUCACGGCCGGUACAGCCAUCAAUGAGUCGAUUGGUAUCAUCAAGGACAAUGGCGCUGCUCUCGCUGGCGUGCUUGUGGCUGUCGAUCGCGCGGAAGUUGCUCCCGAUGGUUCUGGCAAGAGCGCUAUCCAAGCAGUAGAAGAAAAGAACAAUGUGCCUGUGCGUGCUAUCAUCAGCAUGGACAACAUUGUCGAAUACAUGGAAGAGAAGGGCACCUAUACCGAAGAAUUGAAACUUAUGAGAGAAUAUAAAGCCCAAUAUGGGAUCAAGCAAUAAAGUCAGCGCAGUCUCUGUCAUCAUGAGCGAUAAAUUCAGUGACCGAUCUCUGUCAAUUUGCUGUCUCUGUAACAGCAUCUGUAAAAUGCAGUAUUUCUCAAUGCUAUGCACGACCAUUUUGAGCUACCUUUUAACGGAGGACAAUGUUCCUGAUACGACACGGCAGUUUUAGAUCUUGCUGCGCUGAUUCACCGUCCUACUGUUUACUGGGAUGCAAUUGCUCUUUUGACCCUUUACCUAAUAAAAUACGGAUAGAUCGCUGUAGUAAUUAAAAGAGAUGAUUAGUUAGAUUCACCCAUGAUUUGUAAAUAUCGAGGAGGAGAGCGUCAGCCAAUGGUGUCACCAGAGAGCUCCACGUCGGGAUGGAAUGGGUCCAAAGCCGGUUGAGGCUAACUGAG